AUGUGGAUUUUUUUCACUGCAAUUUUCAAAGGUGAAGAGCAAGCACGCAUAAUAGAAAAGAAAAAGACCAAUAAACGACAAUUUGCCGUCCUUGUGGCAUUUAUGGAGGAGCAUCCCGAUAUAGCCAAAGGAAGCAGAUUUUCGAAUUCGUGGGAAUCGGUUUCCAGUAUUUGGUGGACGAUAACGGAGUCGUUGAAUGAGUUGGGACCUCCAAUUCGUUCCGUUGCAGCCUGGCAGAAGGUUGCUGAUUGUGCUCGAUAUUCGCGUAGGUCAUACGAGUUACAAAAAGAACGGUUUGCGCUGGAACUGGAAAAAUUCCAAUUUAAAAAGCAAGUGGUGCUGGAAAGGCAGCGAUUUAAAAAUCAACCAUUAGAAUUUAUUAUGCAACUUCUGGAAUAUAAACGUCAAAAGCUUGAUAACGAUAACAAUAAAAUUAAAUAA